CCAACUUUUGGGGGCGAGAUGGCCUUUUUAGGAUAUUUCCUGUUUCUUUGUGGGGUGACUCAAGUCUUAUCAAGUUAUCCAAUCUGGUGGUCCUUGGCUAUUGGCCAUCAAUAUUCCUCUUUGGGGACACAACCCAUUCUGUGCGGCAGCAUUCCCGGCCUGGUGCCCAAACAACUGCGGUUCUGCCGGAACUAUGUGGAGAUCAUGCCCAGCGUAGCCGAAGGGGUGAAGAUUGGCAUCCAGGAAUGCCAGCACCAGUUCCGGGGGAGGAGGUGGAACUGCACCACCGUUAACGACAGCUUGGCUAUCUUUGGGCCGGUGUUGGAUAAAGCAGACCCAGAAGCGUCGGCAAAAGAAGCACAGGUGACCCACGCUUUGCGUAUCGCCGCUUCGGGGAAAUGUCCGGAGCCCCCCCGUGGCCGCUACGCCACCCCAGCGGCCUUGGCCCUUUAG